CGCGUCUUGCGUCAUUUGGGUCUGCGAUCUAGAGGAGGCGCGUUUCAGUUCCCUCCGCUUUCACUCAUUCAACAAGCUGUGCGUUUUUCGAGAGGUUCUGGCAGUUUUAACAGCUAAAUACAACCCUGCCACUGAACAGAAGAAAUGGAGUUGGAAACAUCGAACCGAACCUCUGCGACUACACGGUAACGCGAGCGUCGAUGAGGAGAAGACUGAAGAAUGGCUGCUCCUGACCUCCUUGAUCCUAAAACAGCCACUCACAACUCCAAACCACGUCUGUCGUUCUCAGCUCAGCCUGUGCUGCUGAAGUCUCCGGAUGACUUUGAGCCUCGCGUGACUGUUAUGCGCUGGAAAACAGUGCUGAGCGUCUUCCUGCUGGUGGUACUGUACUUGAUCCUCGGAGCAACUGUGUUUAAAGAGCUGGAACAGCCUCAUGAGACGUCCCAGAAACUGGCCAUCCUGGUGGAAAAACUGGAAUUCCUUGAGCAGCAUUCGUGUGUCAACUCAUCAGACCUGGAAAACUUAGUGAAGCAAGUGGUUUCAGCGUUACGAGCAGGAGUGAAUCCUUCAGGAAACUCAUCCAAUCAGAGCAGUUUAUGGGAUCUCAGCAACUCCUUCUUCUUCGCCGGAACAGUUAUUACAACCAUAGGAUUUGGGAAUAUCUCACCUCACACAGAGGGCGGGCGCAUCUUCUGUAUUAUCUAUGCCCUGUUGGGAAUUCCUCUGUUUGGGUUCUUGCUGGCAGGAGUGGGAGACCAGCUUGGAACCAUCUUCGGAAAGGCAAUUGCUAAAGUGGAAGGGAUGAUUGAUAAGUGGAAUGUGAGUCAAACCAAGAUCCGUGUGAUUUCUACCGUUCUUUUCAUUUUGUUUGGUUGUCUCCUCUUCGUCACCCUGCCGGCCAUCAUAUUCAAACACAUUGAGGGCUGGAGCGCACUGGAGUCCAUUUACUUUGUCGUCAUUACCUUGACAACCAUCGGCUUCGGAGAUUUUGUCGCGGGCGAGGGCGAGCGACGCCAGCAAGAAGAGAACAGCGGUGGUUCUGAGUUGGAGUACCUGGACUAUUACAAGCCGUUGGUGUGGUUCUGGAUCCUGAUUGGUUUAGCCUACUUCGCUGCUGUUCUCAGUAUGAUUGGAGACUGGUUUCGUGUCAUAUCCAAGAAAACAAAGGAGGAGGUAGGAGAAUUUCGAGCUCAUGCCGCUGAAUGGACUGCUAAUGUGUCCGCUGAGUUUAAAGAGACACGACGGCGACUGAGCGUCGACAUUUACGACAAAUUCCAGCGCGCUGCAUCCAUCAAGCGCAAACUGUCUGCUGAAAUUAACCUCAGCCCACCUGUCAAUCAGCAGAUGACACCAGGCAAACGUGCACGUUCGGUUAACCUCGGAGAUGAGAGGGAGGCGUAUCCCUACACGUUUGUACGAAACGGAAGCUUGUUCCUCAACGGUCUCAUCCCGGAUUACGCUGACCAUCGGGAUAUCACUAAAAUACAAACGAAAUGAACUGAUAAACUGUGAAAAGAUAAAAUGUAUAAAACAGAAUGCAAUGAAAGAAGAAAAGACAAAAUAUGCUUUUAACGUUGGCAUGUGGACAAAAAUCAUUGUUUUCCACUGACGGCCUUGCGAAAGUAGCCAUGUAUUCUAAUGAAUCAUUUUGUUAAGCCACGUAUAAUAAGUUAUUUGAAUUUAUAUGAUUGCAGAUUAAUAUACUGUAGAUGUUUCACAAGCUUUCUGGGUCAAGGAUCUACAAGGCAUGACGGUCUUUCUGCUGCAAGAAUGGCGUAAUAUAGACAGCCGAGCAACGGCAAUUGGCGUGAACGGGAAUGCUAACGGAGAGCUCUCUUGAGGUUGUGUCUAACACGCUAUAAGACUAUGUCUACAAAGCCUGACUUUUGAUUCUGCCAGCAUAAUGAAGUCACAACCAGAAGAGACGCAGUCAACAGCGAGCGCCUCAACCUCUGACAUCCAGAUCGCCGGGCUGAGAUGGAGAGAUUGCAGUUGCCAUGGAGAUCCGAGACACGUUUUAAGCCACAGCUCCACUCCGCUGCGGGGGAAUACUACGGGUGCCGAGCCACGAGCGCACAUUUCGUCCUUCUCCUACCCACUUGACACUCUUCAGGGAAUGACGAGAGACAGACAAAUCACACACGAGACCGUUUACAGGAGAUGAAAUGUGUCCUCAGAUUAUUUACUCUGAAGGAGGCAGGAACCGACGUUUCUUUCAUAGUAGACUCACAGCUUGAAAACGUUCAGGACUUGGUGUUUAUAAACGAAUCAUACCAAUUUUUCUCUCUCUCUAAAAAGUCUGUAGGCUACUAAAAUGCCUUUUUUCUUGUACAGGGUAGCUCCGGCUGAACGAAAUGCACUGAUUUCAAUAUGACUGCGAUAUUUAAGCGCUAUUCCGUUUCGCCUCUGCUUGGUUAACAACACAAAGAAAGAAGCAAUUAAGAUCUUCAUGCUGUUUUUUUUAAACUGUGCGCGAAGCAGAUUCUGACCAUUUCAUUUAUCGUGCAGCAUAGCCAUAGAGGUGCAUCGCGUUUCAUUUCUGAAGGCGUUUCAGAGCCUCGUUUUUGUGAAAUUCACAAAACGUCACAAUGGUGAUGAUCAUGAUGAGCAUUUUCAGGCAUCAAAAGGCGAAGAGCAGAGGUUAGUCGGUAAACUGUUAUCGGAACCAAAUUAUGUGAAAUUGAGCUAGAAGCAUUUACCUUCCUGUUUUGGAUGAAGUUAGUUUCAGACUAGAAAACUAGAAGAAAGCUCAAAGAAACUUUGCGAAAUCCGCCAUAUGUAAGCACGCAAAUUCUGCAGUUAGAAUUUAUAUUGCAUUUUGUAAUAAUACACAGUAUUUAUACACUAUAGGAUCACCAUGGCAUAGGUCAAAUGUUUUAGGGGUGAAAUAAGAAUCAUAGUUGACGAAUGAUUGUAUGUUAGUAUAUUGGUGCUCUGCAUCUUUAAGCCAAAAUAGGAGGAGUAACGCUGAUAAUAAAUGUGAUUGUUAAUGGGUUCUUAACUGCACCAGCCCGUUUCAAAUAUACUGAAUCACAUACG